AUGAUGAACUCAACAAAGUACUCAUAUUUCAUACUGUCACCCUACUUUGACACAGGGAUUUUUAAAUACUUAUUUUUCAUGAUUAUUAUGUGUUUUUAUGUUGUAACUAUUUGUUCCAAUGUUUUGCUGAUUGCUGUUAUCUGUAUGAACAGAAGCUUACAUGAACCUAUGUACCUUUUUCUGUGCAGCCUGUUUGUAAAUGAACUGUAUGGUAGUACAGGGUUGUUUCCAUUCCUUCUGGUUCAGAUCCUCUCUGACGUUCACACUGUUUCUGCUCCACUUUGUUUCCUGCAGAUUUUUUCUUUGUACACAUAUGGCAGUGUAGAAUUUACUAAUUUAGCCAUCAUGUCUUAUGACAGAUAUCUUGCUAUAUGUUAUCCUCUACAAUAUAAUACUCGUAUGACAUUUAACAAGAUGGCCAUUCUUAUUGCUCUAUCAUGGUUAUACCCUUUCAUAGCAAUAUCUGUUUUGUUAUCAAUUACUGUCCCUUUACAGCUGUGUGGGAACAUCAUUAACAAUGUGUACUGCGACAACUAUUACGUUGUCAAACUGUCCUGUUAUGACACAACAUUCAUUAACAUCUAUGGACUGACUUACAUAACUACAUUAAUUUGUGUUGUUAUUUUAGUACUUUACACUUACAUGAGGAUUCUUAGAGUUUGUUUCUCUGGCUCUAAACAGACCAGACAGAAAGCUGUCAGUACCUGCACACCUCACCUCGCUUCUCUGCUCAACUUUUCCUUUGGAGCUUUCUUUGAAAUAAUACACAGCAGAUUUGAUACGAAAAAUGUUCCUAAUUUAAUGCGCAUGUUUUUAUCGUUAUACUGGUUAACAUCUCCACCGCUCUUCAAUCCCGUAUUGUAUGGACUGAAUUUAACCAAAGUUCGCUUUGUGUGUAAAAGUCUUGUUUUUGGUAAAUUGUAA